CAUAUUUUAUAUUGCAUAUACCGUAAAAAAACAGAUGUGUGUAAACAAUACGUAACAAUACGUAAAAGUUCCAUGUAAACAUAAUCUCGAAAUAUACGGCACAACCCUGCAAAAUCGUCUCCGCGCAUCGAGUAUUGAACUCUGCUGCGGAAUCGUACCGGUUUCAAUCGACCUCGCACCGCGGUGAAUGACACUCUCGGCUCGGUUCGGAGCACAUCGGAUCGGCUCGAUCUCGGCGAUCGGGAUCGCGGGAUCGCGUCUGGCCGUCGUGCGAAGUACGAGGGGGGCGGGGCGAACGGGCGCAUGCGCAGUCGCGCGUUUCUGGCACUUAGACUGGUUGCGCGGCGUCGCGACGCGCACACGGAAUACAGUCGUUCGUCGGACGCGGGACGAGACGGGCGCGUUGCGGACGGCUUAGGGUAAAGUGUGCCGUCUCUCCAUCUUUCUCUCUCUCUAUCUCUUCUCUCUUUCUCUCUACUUCCCCGUCUUUCUCACGGUCUCUUGCGAAUUCGCUAACACACUCGUCGGGAGAUCCACUGUGUGUGCGUACGCGUACAUUCGCGCCCCAGCCAUCCGCUCUCGGAGCUUCUUGUGUCUCACUUGGUCGACGGCGCAGCUGAAGCACGGUAGUCCUCGCGCCGCAAGUCCAUCGUUGCCCGCGCUGUGUACAGAUUCCGAGCGUCCGGGAAAAUGGAGCUCGAGCAGGCGACACCACAGAUGAACGUGGAUCUGGAAAAGAAGACCAAGGAGAGCGGCGGCGGCGGCGGCGGCGACGGCGUCUCCGUCUCCGGGAAUCAUAGCGAUCAUAUCAAUGGCAUGUCCAAUGGUUUCGACAAGAAAAGGGAACACAAAUCAGAACAUAGAGACAAGGACAGAGAACGAUCUCACAAAUCGGAUCAUAAAGAUCGGAGCAAAGACAAGGAGAGGAAUCAUAAAAGUGAACACAGGGAUAAGGACAAACAUAGACAUAGCUCCAGUUCUGUUAAGGAUAAGGAGAAGCAUGAUGGUAGCAAUAGUAAAGACAAGGAUAGAAAGAGUUCGUCUAGUAAGGACAAGGAACAUAAGAGUAGCAGUUCAUCUAACAAAGAUAAGGAAAAGGACAAAACCAGGGACAAAGAACAUCAUCACAAAUCCAGCUCGAGCUCCAAAAAUAAAGACAGGCACAGCAGUUCUAAGGACAAGGACAGCUCGAGCAAGGAUAAAGAUAGGCAUAGACACAGUAGUUCCUUGAACUCUAGCUCGCGUGAUAAGGAUAAGGACCGCAGUAUUUCAAAGGACAAGGAUAGUAAGAAGCACUCAUCGGAAAAGGACAGACAUUCCACUUCUCACUCUUCGAGUGAGAAGCAUCGUUCCUCGGAAAAAGAUAAAGACAAGCACAGAGAAAGUUUGUCCAGCAAAGAUAAGCAUCGUCAUGAUAAAGACAAAGAUCGCCAUCGCCAUGAUAAGGACAAAUCCAAACAUCGCGAGGAAAAGGAAAAGAAGGAUAAGGAGGAGAUCAAAGUAAAGGAAGAAUCGAACGUGAAGAUGAAUCACUCAAGUGAAGGAUAUUACAACUUAGAAAUCAAGACUGAGAUAAAAGAGGAACCCAUGACGCAACCGGAAUUUGAUGAUGAUGACGAUAGCGGUGGUGAGCGACCGCUUUAUAUUAAGGAGGACGAUGAUGAUGAACCAAUUAAGGAGAAUGCUAGUAUGGAUUCGACGGAUGGAAAUGACACCAGGCUGUCGGAUCUCCACAAUACGACCAUAAAGACGGAAAAUGACUCGGAAGAAGAGGAUGAACCAUUGUUAUCGGAAUCUAAGGUAUCGUCAAGAGUAAAAAGAAAAAUCGAGUCGGACGAAGAUGAAGACGUUCCGCUGUCAACGCGUAAGAAAGCCAAGAAAGCUACUAACCAGAAGACUAAGAAGAAGAAACGAAAACACGCGGAUGAUGAUGAUGAUGAUUAUGACGCCGAGCCUGAAGAUACACCGAAACCAAAGAAGAAGACCACAAAGGUAAAAACAGAAGGCGAAGUAAGCCCGAGGAAAAAGAAACAAGAGGAGGAGCAGCAGGAAGUUUGGAAAUGGUGGGAGGAAGAGAAGAAAAGCGAUGGGACGAAAUGGUAUUUCUUGGAACACAAAGGACCAGUAUUUGCACCACCCUAUGAACCCUUACCUCCUAACAUAAAAUUUUACUAUAACGGCAAAGAGAUGAAGCUGAGCGAGGAGACAGAGGAGGUCGCAACUUUCUAUGCGCGAAUGCUCGACCAUGACUACACGACAAAGUUUGCUUUCAACAACAACUUCUUUCACGACUGGCGAGAGGUGAUGACUGAGUCGGAGCGUGCCAAAAUCACCGAUUUGUCCAAAUGCAACUUCAAAGAGAUGCAUGCGUACUUCUUGCAAAAGAGUGAAGAGCGCAAAGCCAUGACUAAGGAUGAAAAGUUGAAGAUCAAGGAGAAGAAUGAGGAGAUACAAAAAGAAUAUGGUUUCUGCAGUAUUGAUGGCCAUAAGGAAAAGAUUGGUAACUUCAAGAUUGAGCCGCCCGGAUUGUUUAGAGGCCGUGGUGAGCAUCCUAAGAUGGGCAAGUUGAAGAAGCGAGUUCUACCAGAGGAUGUGCUCAUCAACUGUUCGAAAGAUUCAAAUAUACCGAAACCACCGGCCGGUCAUAAAUGGAAGGAGGUGCGACACGAUCCGAAUGUAACAUGGCUGGCUUCUUGGACGGAGAAUAUUCAGGGCCAGGUGAAGUACGUGAUGCUAAAUCCAUCCAGCAAGCUCAAGGGCGAGAAAGAUUGGCAGAAGUACGAGACAGCGCGGAAGCUGGCGCAGUCGAUUGACAAAAUUCGUGCGGAGUAUCGAGAUGACUGGAAAAGUAAGGAAAUGCGCAUUAGACAACGGGCUGUUGCUCUGUAUUUCAUUGAUAGGCUGGCGCUCAGAGCCGGUAAUGAGAAAGAUGAGGAUCAGGCGGAUACUGUAGGUUGUUGCUCAUUACGAGUGGAGCAUAUCAAGCUGCAUGAACAGAAGGGCGGCAAGGAAUACGUCGUCGUAUUUGAUUUCUUAGGUAAAGAUUCUAUUCGAUAUUACAACGAGGUGCCAGUAGAAAAGCGCGUUUUUAAGAAUCUGCAGCUCUUCAUGGAAAACAAAUCGCCUGGAGACGAUUUGUUUGAUCGUCUCAACACUACCGUGAUGAAUAAACAUUUGAACGAGCUGAUGGAAGGUUUAACCGCUAAAGUAUUCAGAACUUACAACGCAUCGUGGACGCUGCAGCAGCAGCUCGAUAAGUUGACUGAUCCGAACGAAACAGAGGCAGAGAAGAUUCUCUCGUACAAUCGAGCCAAUCGCGCCGUUGCCAUAUUGUGUAAUCAUCAGCGUUCAGUACCGAAGACACAUGCGAAAUCCAUGGAGAACCUAAAGGCAAAGAUUGACACAAAGAAAGCAGUGAUAGCCGAGUGUGAGCAGCAAGUAAAGGACGCUAAACGAGAUGCAAAACACGGUUCAGUGAAGGAAAAAGUAACAUAUGAAAAGAAGAAGAAACAACUAGAAAGAUUUAAGGAUCAAUUAACAAAGUUGGAAGUUCAAGCAACUGACCGAGAAGAGAAUAAAGAGAUCGCUCUGAGUACCUCCAAAUUGAAUUAUCUCGAUCCUAGAAUUUCCGUUGCUUGGUGCAAAAAGCAUAACGUCCCGAUCGAGAAGAUCUACAACAAGACUCAGAGGGAUAAGUUCCGGUGGGCAAUAGAUAUGGCCGGUCCAGACUAUGUGUUUUAACCCCGCGGAUUGGCAUCGUCGUUAUCAUCGUCAAGACCAAUGCAUAUCGGUCCAUGAAAGGAGUACAUCUCCUGCUGACGAUGUAUCUAGUGAAUUUUACGUUCUAACGAGCAGCCAGGAGACUUAAAGUAAGAUAAAGAGAACGAAAAAAAAGAACAGUGUAAACAGUAUGGAAAAUUUUUUACACUUACGCGAUAGAAAUGUGAGAGUGUGGGAACAUAUUUUCUAUAAGAUGAUGUGCAUCGCGUGCGUAUUAAACAAUGCGAUUGGUAUAUUUAAAGUGAUUAACUGAAUGCAGUACGCGGAUUUGACGAGCUUGUCUUAGACCGAUCGUACGCGUUUUGCCAUGGGUAAAAUGCUUUCUAUUUACAUCGCUAGCUUGUUCGUCUACGUGCUGAUUCGUGCAAGGCACUCAGAAGUGAUAAUUCAUAGGGAUGAUAAUUGAAAGGAUGGUUGCCGCGCGAAUUGCGGGUGAUCUGUGCGAGGGAGAAACAUAUUUUUAUUUCGUUUAGGUAGAAAUUCAUUCUGACUAUGGCGUAAGAAACUAGUAAAAAAAUUUUGGAAAAAAAGGAUUUCAAAUUUGUGACGGCAUACACGAGAGGCAGAGAUUGAAUUUUGCGAAAAGCAUAAGGAAUCGGAUGGCCGACUUCGGCAUGCGAGAAAUAUAAUUAUGCUAUUGUAUAUAUGUAGGACAUAUUCGUACGAGUGAGUCGCGGAUAUCGUUUACGAUUGUGUCGAUAUUAGAAAAGAAAAAAAGAGACGGAAGAGAAGGAAGAAGAGGAAGGGAAAGAAAGCGAAAGAAACCAACUCGGAAUAGGCAGCUGAUGAAUUUUAUAUUUCCCUUUAACGAGCAUAAACACGCAUAAUGCACUUGUUUCUCUCAUAAAUGUAUGAUAAUGUCAUUCAUCGAGUAUCACGUUUACAUUUUGCAGCAUGUCGAAGACAUAUAUGUAUUCGUAGAACGUAUUCGAUAUUGUGCACUCCUCUUUUGAUAUAUAAUUGAAAGAAAAAGCGUAACUAGCAAAUUUUUGCCAGAUCGUGGUCCCCCUCCCCUCAUCCCCUCACCCCCACCCCUCCAAGAAACUCAAUAGUAUAAAGAAAUGCCGAAAUAUAUGAAUAUAUAUAUAUUUAAGUGAAUUUACAUCGCUUUAGCGAUUUAUGUUUUAUAAGAUGAUGUCUCUAGGCUAUAAAAAUAAACGACAAAAUGUAUCCUUUAAUUUCUUAACGUUAUUUGCACAUCUCGCGCAGACCUUGCUCGGUGCCGAGCAGAAAGGUUACU